GGGGGGGGGGGGGGGGGGUGGCUGGGGGGGGACCCCCACGGCUGGGGAGCAGGCCUACAGCACGUUUGGGGGAGCACCUUCGGCACAGCAAUGGGGCCUUUCCCCCGGCUUGGGGGGCGGGGAGGGAAUAAACCCCAGCGUGAACCCAAUUUAUCAGGGAGGAACCGAACCCUUCGCAGCUGCUCUCUGUUCUCCCCCCCCCCCCCCGAAAUGCACCUGAUUUUGGCUCUCCAUGAUGAUCAGACCUGAUAAAUUGGAUGCUGUCUGGUUCUGAGGCACCGCGGAGGUUCCUAACAGACUCUGGGUGAUGGCCUCAUCCUCCACCUAGAAGAAGAAAACUGUGGAAGUCUGUAUGGAGGAGCAGAGCUCUUGUACAAAGGGCGUAUAUCGGCAAGGAGAGUUGUGGUCUGUGGUCAUUAAAAAGUCAAAAUACAGAAAAGGCUAUCGAAAUGACCUAACAGAGCCUGAAAGCCAGUCCUGUGAUCUGGGAGGUGUUCUGAGGUGGGGAGGAUUGUCAAGGUCCUCAAUGAGAGAUCAGCCUGGGACAGACAGCUGGAAGACCCAGAGAUUUGUACUGUUGAUAUGCAGCAGGAAUUCGUUAGACAAAAGAUGUCUCUCAGCCCAAUGUGGAGAAUCAGAAAAGCAGAAGAAGGUCUGACUGUCCUCAGGAAAUAAAACGGGGAAACCUGCGGAGCUUAAGGAGAGGCUGAGACUUGGCAGGGUUGAGGACGGGGGAAGAUCCCUGGCAGUGUUGAAGGCCAGGUUGGAUGGGGCUUUGGGCAACCUGGGCUGGUGGAGGGUGUCCCUGCCCGUGGCAGGGGGGGUGGGACUGGAUGGGCUGUGAGGUCCCUUCCCACCCAAACCAGUCUGGGAUUCACUGAUCCGUGAUCAGCUCCCAAAUACAAGCUGCAGAUGCACAAGAGGGCAGGAGCCGAUUGCUGCUGCCGUGUUCCCGCAGAGGAAUAUCUCCCCGAGAAGCUGGACAGCACAGCGCUAGACGGCCAUCGGAGCAGGAACGGUUCAUGGGGUGCUGGUGCAGAAAGAACUGUGGGCCACAAAAAGGGCGAUUGCUGGGGAAGAACAGCUACGGGCAGUGGAAGAGAGAGGGUUGCCAGGAGGUUGUCUUACGAAGUGAAUGGAGCGUGUGAGUGCUUAACGUGCUGGCAUCGUACCCGUACGCAAAGUCUUACGAACAACAGCAGAGGAACUAAAGAAAUAGGUUAGCAGGGAACGUUUUCUACAAGGGGAAACGUCGGCUAUCGCUGGCCGACAAAGAUUACUUUUCACUUGCUGUGGCAGAGAGCGCAGCGUGUUUGUGUGCGUUUCUGUCACGUGCUCUGGGCUUUAUCUCGGGAUUUACGCCGAGCAAACAAAAUGGUAAAUUUUACUCAGAGGAUGUGAAAGCAAAUUAAAUCUGUUGACAAAGCUUGCUAUGGGAGAAGAGGAAAGGCUGGGGCUGUCGCCAACCUGCGUGUUCCAGGGUACAGGCGGAAUUACAAAGCCCCUUAGAGAUGGAGAGGGACGUGCAAGCCGCGUCCAGCUGGCAGAGCAGAUGUGUCAAAGGGAGUUAGUAUCUCAUGCUGAGACGCUGUGACGGGAUGUGGUGUAUAUAUCUGAUAUAUUUCAACACUAGGAGCCUAGCAAAAACAAAUCGGGUAAGUUUUGCCCUGUGAUUUGUGGCAUGUGUCUACUUGCAAAAAGUGUCCUUAAAACACUGCUAUUUGGUAAAUAUGCCUUUUGGAAAAGGAAGGUGUUUAUAUGCAUCCGAUUAUUUUUUAACAUAUCUGGGAAAGAACUGAUUGCUGUUGAUGAGAAUAUUUCUCAAAGGUGCAACCUCCAGAUCUAGAUGAUCCAAAUAUGAGACGGGGAGGUGAGUGAGGCAGGACAGGACAGGAUGGCCCGUUUUGGUGACACCACGGUGACCACGCGGCUGGCCUGAGGUGCGGAGGGCUCCCUGGGACCAAACUUUGGCACAUCCAUACUUUAAAGUAGUUUUGUUUGGGGGCAAGGUGGAUGCAGCAGCAAUAUGAGGGUGAGGAUGCUGCAGACUCAGAACAGGACCGAGUCAGAAGCAAGCGUAGGACUGAGGAGGGCAGAGCUGGACCCCCAAAUGGGCAUUCUUACCCCACGACUGGCUUUGGGGAGGGUUGCCCAGCAGCCUGUGCAAUGGCUCUGGGACCCAGUGCUUGAAAGCAAGGGGUUGGCAAGAGGUUCUGCACGUGUAUGGCUGGGAAGAGGCAAGAGAGAUCCCCUGCUCGUGGACAUCUGAGGCACGACCUGGUACGCUGUGGAAAGCCCAUCUAGCACGCAGGAUGCUUGUGAAGCUGUGAAGCCCACCUCAGCCAUGGGGUGUCCUGCAUCCCUCCCACGUGCUGCUCCCUCCCUCCUCACCCACAACAGCCUCUCCUGGCCAGACCGGCCGGUAGCUCCUGCUUUAUGGGACCAGGUUUCCCAAGGUCAGCUGAGUUUGCCUGAAAAUCCAAGUGAUUUUUGCCCUUUGGUAACGAGGGCUGGCUCCCAGCCAGGAUCUCUGUCCUAGAGUUCAAAGAGCUGGAGAGGUUUGUGCAAGCCCUGAGUGGGUGGGGUGGCCAUGGAACACGCUAUAAAGAAGCAUUAGGGAGCUGAACAAACAAUGCAAGUUGGAGCAGAGGAAGAACAAGCGAUAUGGGAGAACUUCACACCCGCUCCGUUCUGGUGACUGGGGCCAACCGGGGAAUCGGCCUGGGGCUUGUCCGGCAUUUCCUGGGGAUGCCGAACCCACCCGAGUGGGUGUUUGCGGCUUGUCGGGACCCCAAGGGACAGCGAGCGCAGGAGUUACAGAAUUUGGCCUCCAAGCACCCCAACCUGGUCAUCGUCCCGCUCGAAGUGACCGACCCCGCCAGCAUCAAGGCGGCUGCAGCCAGAGUCGGGGAGCAGCUGGGGGGCUCGGGGCUGAACCUCCUCAUCAACAACGCUGGAAUUGCCAAGUUGAACUUGCUUGAUACCGAGACGCUGGAGGACAUGACCCAGGUUUACACCACCAACACAGUUGCACCCCUGCUGCUGGGCCAGGCAUUCCUGCCCCUGCUGAAGAAGGCUGCCGAGGGGAGUCCGGGCUCGGCACUGAGCUGCAGCAAGGCGGCCAUCGUCAACAUGUCCAGCUCUGCAGGCUCCAUUGAGGAUGUCUAUUUAUGGCAUUUUGGACAUGUUGUUUCAUACCGCUGCAGCAAGGCUGCUCUGAACAUGCUGACCAAGUGCCAGUCCCUGGGCUACCGGGAGCACGGCGUCCUCUGCGUUGCUCUGCACCCCGGCUGGGUGCAAACCGACAUGGGGGGCUCAGGAUCGCAGAAGGUAAGAGAGCUUCUGGCCAAGGUCUGGAAGAACCUUUUUAUUUGGGAAAGCAGAGCUUGCUGUGGGUUGGACAGUCUCAGACUUGCCGGGCUCUGGGGGAGCUCUUUGGCAGAUACCCUGAGCCGGAGGCACGUGAGGGAAGGAGAUGAGAGAUGGAAAAACUCUUCUUGCCCUGUGCUGGCCUCUCCUCGCUCACUCCAGAGAGCCCCAAGCCCUGAGCAAUGAUCUGCUCCAGGGCAGACCUUAG